CUGUCUCCAUGUGCGCUUGGAGGGACUCCAGUCGGGGCGGAAAUAUUUUUUCUCCCUUGACCUGUCUGUCGUUCGAGGUAAAAUUAGUUUCAAAGGCCUGACGUGUCCCGAACCGUACAGCGUGCCUUGGCCAAACCACCUGAAGGGAUGGCAGUGGAUGAAAGAUGAGCUGCACUUCAACCUGAAUGCCCCCAUCACCGAGCACCUCCGGAACAGAUGCGGUGGCGUCAAGGCGGACCAGGAGUAUGAACCUACGUUGAGGAUUAUCGAGCUUGAGGAUGACCUGUGGCCGUCCAUCGAGUGCCCUGUUGAGUUUAAACUGAAUGAAGCGGCCUUUCUUGCAUGUCUUCUUAAUGGUGUAGAGGCUGAUGCAACUUCUUCCUUGGCAGUGCAGAAGUAUUUGCUUGUCAAGAAGUCAACACUCAUGGAAGGCAAUUUUAAUUUUCAACCAAGGCACCCUGGAAGUUCCACUUCGGUGCUUGGAGCAUCCCUUUAUAACUGCAGCGUCGUGAACAUCCCAUUGAAGCCGCCCAAUGAAACCUCCUUGUCUAAGAUUCUAUCCCAUCCCGAACAAAUGUUGGGACGUAGAGUUGACGCUCUGCCGGCUCCGGGUAACGUGACAUCAACGUGGCAGAGGUCGGAGCACCCUCUCGUGUUCCGAUCUUUGGAAAGUCCUCGCUGGACCAACGAGCAGCGCACCUGCACGUUGCCGCGGUACUGACACGCCUUGCUUCGCGGCGCGUUAAUGACGUCGCAGUAAUAAGGUUAAUGUUUAUACCACUGUUUUAAUAUUCUGGUUUAUGAUAAUAUGUGUUCUUUUGACGGAAGUAUGACUCGUUUUAUUAGCCUGUUUUGAUAUUUUUAAAUCAAAGUACACGACUUUUCGUUGCAGAUUCGAGAAUGAGUUUUUAGUACUAGGGGUGUGCGGAUAUUGCUUCAAAUCGAAUAGCACAGCGUGAUCCCUAGCUUCUGCACUUUUAAGAUCAGCCAGUAGCUCGUUGCUUUCCUUUCCAGUGGGGAGCCUAUGGAGAGUCUUAGAAUAUGGGGCCCUAACGUUUUGGUUCCCCCGAAGAGUUGGGGCCGCCUAAUCUAAAACUCCCUAAUGACGCAAUACUAUUCGACUCGAACCAGUAUUCGCUCACCCCGAGUUCUACUUUAUUUUAUGCGAGACACGGCCUGUCUGCUGAAGCAAACGUUUUUGCCAACACCUGGGUGCUGUUAAUUGUUUUCCCACUGGCUUACACAUGCGGCAUAGGUUUAUUCAUAUAUGGCAUGUAAUGCAUGACAUGCAAGUUUUUCAUUUGUGUAAUAAAGUUAACGUGUAACAAA